AUAUAUGUGUGUUAGAAAGGAAUAUGUGUGAUGAAAAUGACAGCUGUCGUCCUAGGGGCAAAGAUCACAUCUGCAUCUGUAACUCAGAUAAACCACCAGCGGGUCGUUCUCAAAAACCCUGCAUAGUUUUAAAAUGCCCUUCAGACGAGGACGACGCAAAAUGUCCAAAAAGCUCGAGGAAGAAGAAAGGCGAAGAGUACUUCUGUAUUAUCCAUGGGGUUGCAUCUGCCUUCGAUAAUGAUUGUCGACAAUACAAGCAGAAUGGUUCCAGUGAACAGCAGUGGUUGAAUAUAUCGGGGGAAAUCGACCAGAUCAUGGGGGACACGGAAAAGUGGAAUGAUAUGGAGGAGGAUCUACGCAGGAAUUCCAGCUGCCUUCUGAUGGAUGCUCUGGAGAAUGCCAUGCAUAUGGCUGCUAUGAAUCUGGACCAGGAACGAUAUGACUUAACCAUGGAUAACUUUGAAAUGGAAAUGCAAGUUCUCAAGGACAAGAAAAUUGAUGUCAAUGGAACAGUGACACUGUUGGCCAAUGAGAAUAAGAUGGAAUUCCACUGGGAAACACAGAAUUCGAAAUCCACCUCUGAGUUUGCGGCAAUCUCCUUCCUCGCUUGCCAGAAGCUGGGCUCGCUCCUGGAGGUGAAAGAGCUGGAGAUGGCGAACAAGAAGUUCGGGAGGGAGUCCUUGCAGAUGAAUUCCAACUUGUUGAUGGCCGUCAUGACCACAACCAGCCAGAAGCUUCAGAACAUCACCUUCACCAUCAAAAACAAUGAGGAGGACGUGGAUGAAUACACCGUGUGCGUUUACCUGCGCGAGGCCAACGACAGGAUAUUCUGGUCGACCCAGGGCUGCAGCAAGUCGCAGUCUAACCGCUCCCACACCACCUGCAGCUGCAGCCACCUCAGCAGGUUUGCCGUGCUGGUCGCCCUGUACAAGGUGGAGGGUCUUGCUCUCUCCGUCAUCACCUAUGUGGGGGUGAUCAUCUCGCUGGUUGCGCUGCUGGCCGCCAUCAUUACCUUCACCAUGUGCCGCUCCAUCCACAGUGCCCGCACCAGGAUCCACACCCACCUCUGCCUCUGCCUCUUCCUGGCCCAGCUGCUCUUUCUCGUCGGCAUCUCCCGGACAGAGAACAAGGCAGUGUGCGGAACCAUUGCUGGGAUACUCCACUACCUGUUCCUGGCGUGCUUCAUGUGGUUGAUGCUGGAAGGUGUCCAGCUCUACCUGAUGGUGGUGAAGGUCUUCCACGCCCAGAGUCUCCGAGGGAAGAUCAUCUUCCCUGUUGCCUACGGCAUCCCGGCCCUGCUCGUCGUGGUGUCGGCGGCUUUGUAUCCCCAGGGUUACGGCACCAGAGAAUACUGCUGGCUGACAUUGGAGAAGGGGUUCCGCUGGAGUUUCGUGGGUCCAAUGUGCGUCAUCUGUGUGGCAAACCUUGUCUUCCUCACCGUGACGAUAUGGAAACUGAUUGAGAAAUUCAAAUCCAUCAGCCCGGAUUUACCCUACUUAGAGAAAAUCAGAGUGUUCAUUGUAACCGCGAUCGCUCAGCUGGCGAUACUGGGCUGUGCCUGGAUUAUCGGGGUGUUCCACUUUAACCGCAGGACCAUUGCUCUGGCCUACAUAUUCACCAUCCUCAACAGCUUCCAGGGAACCUUCAUCUUCAUCCUGCACUGCGUCAACAACAAGCAGGUGAGGAAUGAGUACCGCCAGUGGAUGGCCAGCUUGUGCCAAACCCUGAUGAAACACAAGUACUCCACCUUCACGGAGUCCACCCAGCCUUCCGCUUCCUCCCACGUGGCCAGCUCUGCAAGCUCUGUGUGACCUGGUCUCACUGCGCUUGUCUCUGUACUUGUGUGUGUGAGUGGGGCAUUGAUGAAAUCUACCCUCUUGCACUCCUUACAAUGGACUCCCUGCUUGAAUACUUCUCUCCGGAGAUGCUGCCUGUCCCGCUGAGUUACUCCAGCAUUUUGUGUCUAUCUUCGGUGUAAACCUGCAUCUGCAGUUCCUUCUUCCCACAUUUCCCUGCUUUAUGCCCCAGUAGGUUUUCGUAUAAAAUAAUUAGAUCAAAGCUCAUUUGUAGCAACAUCAGCUGGGCCCGCACCUUGUAGAUUAUAGUUGUAGACUCAUGCUGUGUGGAACCAGGCCCUUCGGCCCAACUUGGCCACAUUGACCAACAUGUCCCAUCUACAAAGUUCAAGGUUCAAGGUUCAUAUUUAUUGAUCACAUGCACCAAUUAAGUGAUAGUUAACUGAGUUACCCUGCAGCCAUACAUUUAAAAAAGAACACAACACACAAUAGAAUUUAACACAAACAUCCACCCCAGCAUUCUUCACUGUGAUGGAAGGCAAUAAAGUUCAGUGAGUCCUCCUUUGUUCACCCGUGACCGGGGCCUUGACCCUCCGUAGUUGCUGCUAAGGACGGCCCGAUGUGCAGGCCCUCUCGUCGGGAUGAUCGAAGCUCCGACGUCGGGACGGUCAAACACACUCCGUGGCUUUGAUUGCCCGAAUCGGCCACUUCCAUACUGGAGACUGCGGCUUCAGGAUGUUAUAGGCCGCAGGCCUGCGGUUGGAGUUCUUCUCCGGCGAUCCCCGGCAAGGGAUCACAGGCUCCGGACGGUAAGUCCACGCUAGGCCCGUUGCUGAAGCUCUGGGCCCGACUCUGGGAAAGGCCGCUCCUAUCCAAGCUGUUAGGCCGCAAGGAAGCGACAUGGAAUAAAGUUGCAUCUCCGUCGAGGGAGGAGACUGUAAACCUCUUCCCCCUAUCCCCCCCCCCGCCACCCCCCACAUAAGACAUAUCGAGAGACAUGAAAACAAACAUUUAGACAUACAAAAAAUACAAAAGAAAGUCAAAAUAACAGAUAGGCUGCUGGCGAGGCAGUCUGCGCACAGUGCCACCCAAUGUAGGGGUUCCUCCUACACUAGUCCCACCUGCCUGCCUUUGGUCCAUAUCCCUCUAAACCUGUUCUAUCCACGUCGCUGUCUAACUGUUUCUUAGUCCCAGCCUCAACUACCUCCUCUGGCAGCUCGUUCCAUACACCGACCACCCUUUGUGUGGAAAAAGUUACCCCUCAGAUUCCUAUUAAAUCUUUUCCCCCUCACUUUAAACCUAUGCCCUCUGGUCCUCGAUUCCCCUGCUCUGGGCAAGAGACUCUGUGCGUCUACCCGAUCUAUUCCUCUCAUGAUUUUGUACACCAUGAAAAGAUCACCCCUCAUCCUCCUGCGCUCCAAGGAAUAGAGUCCAUCUCACACCCCACCAUCGACUCCAUCUACACUUCACGCUGCCUCGGAAAAAGCAGUCAACAUGAUCAAAGUCUGACGAAGGAACUCGACCCGAAACAUCACCCAUCCUUUUUCUCAGUAGAUGCUGCCUGACCCGCUGAGUUACUCCAGCUACUUGUGUCUAUGUUCAGUUUUAACCAGCAUCUGCAGUUCCUUCCUAUGGAGGGAAAUGAGAUGAUGUUUCUGGUCUAGAUCCUUCUUUAGACUGAUGUUGUG